AAUCACAGUACACUAAAUGUUCAAGAUGGUGGCGAAGAAUUCGAGGUUUAAUAGGCGCGGUUCCUUUUGUUCGUUAUUUGGACAAGCAAAGUGGUAUUAUUAUAUAUAAUAAACGAUUCCGUAUAUUUAUAAAAGUAGCUGAUUUCAAUAUCGGAAUUGUUUCUACUUCGACAAUUUGUUCUUUAUUGGUUUAAACGUCAGCUGACACAUGUUUAUGUACAAGUCGAAUGUACGCAUGUAACGUAUAUAAAAUUUCACCUGAGAAAGUCGCCAAAUCAAAACGGUCGUUCCAUUGAAAAACCUGGCUAGAGAGCGAAAUGACGGUGCAAACUAUGGAAAAGUUGAAAGAUAAGGGGUGGUACAUUACAGAUCACGGGUACAAUACUGCAAGAGAUUCUGAAAGUGUUACUGAUAUACAAAGAAUUAUCAAGCGAUUAUUAGAUCUUGAUUUAAGAGAGAUUGGUAGUGGUCAAGGAGAUAUAGUUCAAGGUAAUAUUGUAUUACAAAUACAAAAAGUACGUAAUGUAGCUGCUCCUAAAAGCAAUGAAGAAUCUCGAGCAGCUCCACGCUUGUUAAAAUUCUUUUUGACUGAUGGUAAAAAUAAUUUUCAAGCUAUAGAAGUUGAACAUAUUUCAUUUUUAAGUUUAAAUACACCUCCUGGUACAAAGAUACUAAUUGGUUGUGGGAAUGUAGCAAUGUCCCAUGGAAUUAUUUUGCUAAGGCCAUCAAACAUAGCACAAGUACUUGGGGGAAAAGUAACAAAUCUUAUAGAAAAAUGGGAACUGAACAAAAAAUUAGCACUACAUACGAGAAUGAGAUCUACAGAAGAAGGUGGUCCACCACCGUGGAUACCAUUUGGGAAAAAAAUUAUAAAGGUUUCUGAACAUGACAAAAACUUCAAAGCUUUAGCAGAAAAAGAAAAGUCUAGUAAAGAGAAUACAGAGUUUGAAGCUCAACGUAAAGAUGCUAUAGCAGAAGCUGCUAAACAAGGCAGCAAGAAAAUUUUUGGUGGAGGAAAUAAGCAGCUUCUAGAUCACAGUGUACAAAGAAUCAUAGAUCAAGGCUUUUCUAUAGAACAAGCAGAAUAUGCCUUAAAAGUUAAUCGAAAUAACGUUGAUAAAGCUUUGAAAAGUUUGCAAAAAACAGAUAAACACAAUACGUUUAAAGAGCCACGAGAAUCGCGUGAACCACGAAAUAAACGAUUCGAUAAAAAAGUAGAAGAAGGUAAACCAAGUAGUGGAAAAAUAUCCCUUUUUGAUUUUCUGGAAGAUAAAUUACCUUUACAAUCUGAAUCUACGGAAUCAAUCAAUCCACCUCAGAAUAGUUAUACUCAACAUACGGAAAACAAUUAUGACAAAAUUGAACUUAAAAAUAAUGAAUCACAAAGUGGAAAAGGUGGAAGAUCUCAAAAAGGAAAUCGUGAGUAUCAAGUUCCCCCAAGACAUCUAGAGGAAAAUAAGGGUAGCAAAAAAUCAAACUUUAAUAGUCCUACUACUCAAUAUUUGCAAUAUAACGGCGGAAAUCAUUCUCAACAAAAUAAACCACCAAGAUUUCAACGAAAUCAGGAUAAUCAUAGUUAUUCUCAACAAGAUAAUUUACAUAAAACGUAUCAGAAACCUCAGUUAAAUGAUUCUCGAAAUUCUAAUGUACAAAUACGUACAGAUGGGGCAAACGUUAUGAAUAGUAAUAAUUAUUAUAAAGCUCCGCAAGAACAACAAGGCAAACAUUUUGGUGCCGGCAGGAGUUAUAAUCACUAUGAGACAGAUACCAGGAAUAAACAAUCUUAUGAUUCUUAUGCUAGGCAUAAUCGAGCACAAGAAGAUGGAACACAUAGAGCUUAUCCUGCAAAUACAACUGAUAAAAAUUACAAAAACCAACUGAAUAGAUUUCAACCAAACGAGACUUCUAGUGGCAAGGGGAUUGUAGAAUCCAAUAGCCAAAGGAGACAAAGCCAAUACAAUCAAAAUACCAAUGUUCCUUCUGUUGGGAGUACCUGGGUUUGGCGCAUAGGUGAUAAAUGUCUUGCUAAAUACUGGGAAGAUAAUAGGUAUUAUAACGCAAAAGUAACUGGGAUAUCAGAUAGGACAUGUGUUGUUCAAUUCAAAGGGUUUGAAAAUUAUGAAGAAGUGCUUCAAGUGGAUUGCUUACCUAUAACAGAUGAUAAUCAAGUUGUUCAAGAUUAUGUUUUGGAUCAAAAACAAUCAGAUCAAAGAUUCAGUAAUAGGCAGCUACGAUACGACCAAGCUCAAAAUCACAUAACUGCAGGUAUGGAAUUUCGAAGAGGUGGAAGUGGUGUCGUUCCUGCAAGUAAAACUGCUUAUAACAAAAAACGUAAUCAGCAAAGAAGCACGCAGCCCAUUUAUCAACCACCGGCGCAACGAUGUCAGAAUUCUAUGCCUAUGAAUACUCAAAAUAAUUCUUUACUUUAAUGUAUUGUCAGUCUUUUUUUUUUUUUUUCGUAAAAAUACUAAACAUCGCUGAAUUAUUCAUUGUAGUUAUGUUAUUUUUGAAGACUGACCUCAUGAAAAGGAAUAGUCCAUACUUGUCAUGUAUGGUAGUUUAAAACAUAGGUCAAUCAAUUAAAAUGCGAUGUAAACGAAUCCUGUGCCACAAAUAAUUCAUAAAUGAAAGAUGUAAUAAGUGUACAAUUAUAGUAUGAAUUAUUUCCUUACACAGUGAAAGUGAAACUAAUAAUUAAAAAUGUAAAUCUAAGGUAUUUAUUAUAAGAACUAAACAUCAAAAUAUUUAUAUUGUAGAAUAAUCAUAUGAUAUCAAAAGAUUGUGCAGCAUUUCAAUAUUUCGUCCAAUUUCGCUAAAACACUAAUACAAUCCGCAUAAUGUAAAAAUUGUGCUGUAUAUUAUUUGUAAUUAAUUUGUAAUUAUAGUUAUUUAGAAUGAAUUACAGUUACGGAAAUUGAGAACACGUUUAAAUUCACAACA